AUGCUGAAUCCUAAGUUCACUAAGUUCAAUAGCCGGUACCUUACAUCGGUAGCCAGCCACGCUGUUGCUAUGGAGCGCCCCGGGCCGCGAUGGUCACCGGACCAACAACAACACAGCAAGACAAAUCGCAGUCGGCAUUCACCUAUAGCGGAGUACACAGUGAAGAAGCCCCCACCGGAGGCGGUGGGCAUCACAGAGUUUAUAAAUCCAUUGGCACUAGGUGGUGAGCUGCGAGUGAGAAUUAAAGAUUGGGAAGUUCGUGAAGUGGGCGCCGAUUUCACCGUGGCCCGUCUCAAAGGUGAACCCAAGUUGAACUGGUGGGCUGAAGUGGAGAGGAAGGUCUCUGCUGGGGCGAGGGACGAACCGGACAGCGACUCUUCGGCUGAAUCAUCCUUCCCGGCCCUCGAUGGUGCUGACAAAACGAAAGCAGUAGAAGAUGCACACUGGGAAGGGGUUGCGAUGACCGCUGUGAAGGCUAGGAGCUAUAUAGAGGAGUGUUUGGGCUAUACGGCUAUUACGCAGUUGGAUGCUUUCCUCUGCAAAGCAACGAGUAGUUCACUUGAGGUCGGCGUGCUGCGAGCUAAGCUGGGUGAGGCUACGAUGAGUGAUGAAGAUGCAUAUCGACUUCGUGGAGCUAUCGUAGCCGCGACUAAGCAUAUGCUUGUGAAUGUCCCCUGCAAAUUCGAGGGCAGGGGACAUCGCGUUUUCUGCGUUGCUGAAAAUAGAGGAUUCAAGAAACUGCUACUACAACAUAUGACUUUGAGCGAUGCUCAAAAACUCCUUGGACUCAUCACAUGCGGCUACGGUCAGCGAGAUGUGGAGUUCACAUUCCGAUCACCAGGCCCCGUGGUCGAUUCCGAUGUUGAUAGUUUUGCUACUGAGGUCGCCAAAUUUUGGCGGGAUUUGGCAUUUGAGAUUGUUGAAUCGAACCAGAAGGAGGGGCUGUUGGUACGAGCUAAAUGGUCGCGAGUGUACUCCCAACGUGGACUGCAUGGAGGGAAGCGGUGGAGGUGUGUACUGCACAAGGCGAACCUGGACACGCCGAGGGUUCUUGCAAUGUUGGAGAAGAAAUUGCGCUUACCUCGGGAAUCUAUACACUAUGCAGGGCUUAAGGAUAAACGGGGGCUUACCUACCAGUACGUGACCAUUCCAGCAACGCAUAGUGCGGAGGAAAUCAGAUCAGCAUUGGAAAAACAAUGCGGUGAUGCUUCACGCGGAUGGGCCGUAAUAGACAACUUUCAAGUUCACGAUGCACCGGAAAAAAAGUUCAAAUGUGGAACGCUUUACGGCAAUUGCUUCCGGAUUCGCCUGCGAGGCGUAGAGCCCGGGUCCAGCUCAGCGGUGGAGUCUGUGAGGAGAACAGGUUUCAUCAACUACUUCGGAUUGCAGAGAUUCGGUUGGGACAAGGAUGACAUUUCGGAGGAUGCUGAGAUACGAAGGGCAUGGCUUGAGACGGGAGAUGCUCAUAAGGCGGCUGAAGCUCUGGCCAAGGCUAGUACUCGCGACAACCGGGAUAUAACCUUGUAG